GCGUCGUGACGUCAUUUCCUGCGCGGUAGUUUUUGGUGAAAGUUCGGUCCUCUGAGAUUUUUAGUCAAUAAUCAACCAUAAACAACAAACUGACGAUGCCUCCUAAAACUAAGGCGGCGGGGAAAGGCAAAGCACCUGCAAAGCGGAAGCUGGCUGAGGAGUUUCCUCCAGGAGAGGUUCUGACAGACAUGGGAAAGAAAUCCUGGAAGCUGGGUGCUCCAGUCGGCAAGGGGGGUUUUGGGCUCAUAUAUCUGGCUGAACAAAACACUGAAAAACCGGUUGGUGCUGAUGCUCGCUACGUCAUUAAAGUGGAGCCCAAGGACAACGGACCACUGUUCUCUGAGCUGCAUUUUUACAUGAAAGCUGCCAAGCCUGACAUCAUUCAGAACUGGAUGAAGUCCCACAAGUUAAAGCAUCUGGGGGUUCCCAGGUACUGGGGCUCAGGUCUGCAUCAGAAGGAAGGAAAGGGGUAUCGCUUCAUGGUUAUUGACAGACUUGGCACGGACCUGCAGAAGAAGUUUGAGGAAUGUGGAAAGAGAUUUCCCAGGAAACUGGUCCUGCAGCUCGGCCUUCGACUGCUGGACAUUCUGGAGUUUAUUCACGAGAAUGAGUACGUGCACGCUGAUGUCAAGGCGUCAAACCUGAUGCUGAGCCACAGCGAUCCAAACCAGGUUUACCUGGUUGAUUAUGGGCUGGUGUACAGGUACGCUCCCGACGGCAACCUCAAAGAGUACAAGGAAGACCCAAAGAAAUGUCACGACGGUACCAUCGAGUUCACAAGCAUCGACGCCCACAAAGGAGUAUCUCCUUGUAGGCGUGGCGACCUGCAGAUCCUGGGUUACUGCAUGGUUCAGUGGUUGUGUGGGCAGCUGCCAUGGGAGGACAAGCUGCAGGACCCCCAGUAUGUCAGAGACUCCAAGAUCAGGAGCCAAGAAAACAUCACAGAGUUUCUGUCUCAGUGUUUCUCCCCCCAGGACAAGCCAGAUGAGAUCCAGAAGUUCAUGGAGGAGGUGAAAUCUCUGGGAUACAAAGACAAACCGCCGUACGAGAAGCUGCGCUCCAUCCUGCUGAACGGACUGAAGGCCAUCAAGGCGAAAGAUGACGGCCAGCUGGAGUUUCCACCUGUCAGUGAAGCUCUGGCACCUCCAGUCAAGAAGACGAUCAAGAGAAAGAAAGCAGCUGAGAAAGUAGAGGACAAAGACGAUGAUGGAAGUCCGGUCCAAAAACGAGCAUCAAAGAUAAAAGAAGUUAACGGCGUCAAGAAAAGUCCCAGAGCUGCUCCCAGACCUCGAAAGGCCCCUGUGGCUAGAAAACGGGGGGACCCCAAAUCCACCCAGAUGUCACCUGGACUCGCCAAGACGUCCAGAGGAAGGAAGAAAACCACUUCGUAAC